UAUAUAUAUAUAUAUAUAUAUAUUAAGUCCAUUAACUCUCGCUCUGCCUUAGGGCUGGGCGAUACAGCUAAAAAUCUUAUGAUAUAAUGUUUCAUUCAUUUAGUAUCUAUGAAAAACUUUUAUAACCUUUUUAAACAAAGACCAAUAGAAAAAGGUUUGAAUUUAACCACUGUGUUUUUAAUUUACCCAAUUUAUUAAUGCAAAUAACAAUUUUAGUUUCAACAGUCAAACACAACAUAAAAUUUUAACAAACAUAUUAUUUCUUAUAUAUUAUUUGAAGAUUUAAAAAGUGUUAAACUUUUGGAUUGUCUCCUGAGGCCACAAGAGGGUGCAAUGAGCAAAUAAAUAAAAAAAAUAAUACCACAUUAAAUUGUUCUUUUAAAGCAAUGAAUAUGUCUAGAAAAUGCGCAAAAUAUGCAUUCUGUGUGAAUGGUUUCGUUUCAGUUUUGACGUAACCAAGAUCCCGGCAUUGAACAGCGCAGCAGCGCCACAUCUCGUGGGUUCAACUGGAUAGGCUAACAAAACAUUACAAUGCAACAAUGACACUUACAACAUCAUAAAUACAGAAACCGUUGUAUUGCCCAGGCCUACUCUGACUCCUUUACCAGUGCGCUGAACUAGAGCUGAUUGAGAUGCACUCAGAGAUUUAUUUUGCAUUUAUUUUUCUUUCUAUUAAUUAUUCUUAUCUUAAAAACAGGAAAAACUGCAACUGAGAUCCUUGUGACACACUUUUAUAAAGAUGGCGAUUAUUAAAGAAGAGAGUGAAGACAUGAAGAUAGAAGACACAUUCAGAGUGAAACAUGAAGAAACUGAGGAACAAACAAAGAUGGUGUUUAUUAAAGAAGAGAGUGAAGACGUGAAGAUUGAAGAAACAUUCAGAAUCAAACAUGAAGAUAUUGAGGAACAAACAGACCUGAUGCCGUUAAAAGAGGAGAGUCAAGAUCGUAAUGAAAUGGAAGAGAAAGAUCAGUACAAGACACUUCAUUAUGUCAUAACUGAAGAAAAAUCUUUUAGUUGCUCACAGACUGAAAAAACUUCCUCACGAAAAAAGGCUCAAAAGACAGGGACUAUAGGUAAUUUCACAUGCCAACUGUGUGGACUAAGAUUCAAUAAGCAUGGAAACCUUGAAGUCCACAUGAGAGUUCACACGGGAAGGAAGUUUUACCCCUGCCAACAGUGUGGAGUAAUUUUCAAUCAACAAGGCAACCUUAAAGUCCAUAUGAGAAUGCACACUGGAGAGAAGCCUUACACCUGCCAAGAAUGUGGAAAGAGUUUCAGUAUACAAGGAAACCUUAAAGUCCACAUGAGGAUUCACACUGGAGAGAGCCCUUUCACCUGCCAACAGUGUGGAUUACGUUUCACUCAGAAAGGAAACCUUAAAAAACACAUGAACGUUCACUCCGGAAAAAAGCCUUUCACAUGCCAACAGUGUGGAAAGAGUUUCAAUCAAGAUGGAAACCUUAAAGUCCACAUGAGAAUUCAUUCUGGGGAGAAGUAGAAUAAAGAAAAGUAAACAUUUGUACAUUUCUGAAGUUGUUCAUAUGUAAAACACAUGUAGAAGCUGUACAUACACCCUUGAUGUACAUUGAUGUUUAUGCAAAUGCAAGUAUGCUAGACCAUCUUUAUGUACUAAUAAACUUAUGAGAUCAUGUUACACAUAGCUUGUAACAGGAAGAUCUAUAA